AUGUCUCUGGAAAAGAGCGUGAUUCCAGUGCUUGGAAGGUCCCUCGUCGGAAGACUUGAAGUCCUUCAAACCCACACAAACCAAUUGAACAUUACGGCGCCCUCCAUUCCACUGGAAGAGUGGCAACGUGAGCUGCGAAAUCGAUUCAACAUCUCUGCCGCUAAUGUAACAAUCUACGGAAUCCGAUUCUUCGAAGCAUUCUUCGAGUUGCAUAAGACGCUCGGUGAACGUGCGCUGAAACAGUACUUCGGGUGGUUUGUGGCGGAGGCUUUCUUGCCCUACACAAAUUCUCACAUUCUUCACGAGUUUCACGGGAGUGAAGACAAAGCGAUGGACGAGCAGAUAAAAUUCUGUCUUGGGUUCGCUGGCGCCACCGGUUACGCCCUUGACGCGAACUACUUGAAGAGCACCACCGACGCGAAAGUGCUUGACCAGGCGACUCAAACGGGAGCAAGGAUCAAGGAUGCCUUCUACGAGACGGUCAGGAGAAACACUUGGUUCGAAGAGCGCCCCGUUACUUCGCUGGAGGUGGACCGCGCCGAGAUAUUACUCGGCAUGCUGGGCAAGUCCGAGGCGAACAAGUGGCUGCCUGACAUGACCGACGACGCGAUCAAAAACCUCGCUACCUUGUCUUCGCUAGGGUCAGGUGCGUCCGGGAACGACUCCUCUUCACUCUCAAAAAGCGUGGUCAUCGACCUGUCCGAGCAGGGCCCCUUUAUCCCGGGGGAUACCGCGAAUCCGCCGCUGGCUCUGGCGCCAUAUCAUUUCUCCUUUCCUUUCCUCACGGUGGACGCACCCGCACCCGCCAUCUAUGCUGGACUCGGUUUCGUGCUAGCACGGCUUCUGUUCCAGGAUCUGUUUGCGGGCCAGCAGCACUGGAAGAACGCGACGCUGGACAAACUGCACGAGCGCAUGGCAUGCGUUUACACUGCCGACGAGACGGCUAUCCCGGACCGAGCCACCAGGGACGACGUUGUCGUGGCGACGGCGGCCGUUAGCACUCUGUGGCGCGCGUUCCUGUCUGCUGCUACGGUGCCAGAGUCGAAUGUUUCGGUUCCAGCGCUCGAUCUCGAGCCGCAGUUGCCGAAGCUUUCCGAGCGGCAGCUCUUUUUCGCGCUCCUGUGCCACAGCACGUGCGGUGAUCCAGCUGGAGCACUACGGUGCAACGUGCCACUUAGGAACAGCGAGGCCUUUGUCCAGACUUUCUCAUGCCAGCCGGGAAGCCCCAUGCACACGACUCGCAUGUGUCCGGUCUUCAGUUGA